AUGCACGCCUCCCGGGCCGGGCCGAGCCGAGCGGGCGGCGGACGGGCCCCCUCCCGGGUCCGCCGAGGCAGCCACCGGGGGCGCGGCGGCGGGGGCGGCGGGAGGACGAGGCGCGGGAGGCAGGAUGGAGCCGCCGGAGGAAGAGGCGGAGGCAGGUCCGGGUUUCGAGGCGCCGGCGGGCUGCGGAGGAGGCGGCUACCCCCGGACGAACCCCCGCUCCCCUCCCCGCCCCCUGCCCGCCGCAAGCACCGCCCGCCCAGGCGCGGGGUCGCGCGGGAGGGCGGGGAGUCCCGGGCGGCGGGCCGCGGCCAGGCGAGAGACCGUUCGCGAUGCAGCCGCGCCGGGCCGAGCCCCCAGGCCCGCCCGGAGGAGGGGCGGACCGGGCGGCGGCGGCUGGGACAGCGGCACCUGUACCCCUCGGAGGGCGGACGCAGUGGAGCUGGCGAAGCUUCUCGCAGGGGUAAAAACCAAAAAGGGGGGAGGGGAGGCAGUAGAGAAGGAGCUUCUAGAAACUCCCUUCUGAGGCAGCAGCUGGGUGGUUUAGGAAACCCGCGCAACGCCUGGGAAAAUGGUGCGCGGACGCGUCUUCGGAGCGCAACCCCGUAA